GUGCGUCCAUGGCCGGAAGUGAGGUGAGGCGCGAGCCGCAACCUUUGAGGGAAAGGGGAAGUGCUUGGGCGUCGCAGGGCCGGAGGCGCGGGGAUAGAAGGAGCACCAUGUCCGCGGAAGUUCCCGAGGCAGCGUCGGCGGAGGAGCAAAAGGAAAUGGAAGAUAAAGUAACUAGUCCAGAGAAAGCUGAAGAAGCAAAGUUAAAAGCAAGGUACCCUCACUUGGGACAAAAGCCUGGCGGCUCUGACUUUUUAAGGAAACGAUUGCAGAAAGGGCAAAAGUAUUUUGAUUCUGGGGACUACAACAUGGCGAAAGCAAAGAUGAAGAACAAGCAGCUUCCCGCUGCAGCCCCGGAUAAGACAGAGGUCACUGGUGACCACAUCCCCACUCCACAGGACCUUCCUCAGCGGAAACCAUCCCUGGUUGCUAGCAAGCUGGCUGGCUGAUUAAAAGAGCUGAACUGCA